AUGAGGGGGCCUGCUGCAGCAUUCCUCGUUCUCCUCCUCGUCUUCUCUCUCAUCGCCAUCUGCCUUCUCUUCUUUCCCUCGUCUUCUCCAUUGUCGGUGCAGUUUUCUCUGAACGCGUCACCCGGCGGCGCGCAGUCCUCCUCCCGUCUCAAGAUCUACGUCGCCGAGCUCCCCCGAUCUCUGAACUACGGCCUCCUGGAGAAGUACUGGUCCCUCGCUCGCGCCGACUCUCGGAUCGGGGUCGACCCCGACGAGGAUCUCCGCUCGUCUCUGUCCCGCGCCUCGGCUUCGUGGGGGAAUGGGGAAAGGCCUGUGUUGCUGCCGUAUCCGGAGAGCCCGCUGAUCAAGCAGUACAGCGCGGAGUACUGGCUGCUGGGAGACCUCGAGGCGUCACCGACGACGAGGAGUCCGUCGGCGGCCGCCGAAAGGGUGGCUAGACCGGAGGACGCCGACGUGGUUUUCGUGCCGUUCUUUGCGACGCUGAGCGCAGAGAUGGAGCUGGGGUGGGGUAAGAAGGGGGGGUUCGGCAAGAAGGAAGGUAAUGAUGACUACGCCAGGCAGAAAGAGGUGGUGGAUCUCAUUACCAGUUCGGAUGCCUGGAAUAGAUCUGGCGGUAGAGAUCAUGUGUUUGUCUUGACAGGUUCGUAAUCGAGCUUGUUGAUCCAUGCCAGUGGGAUCUGUUUGAAAUUUUGAACUAUUUCUUUGUUCAUAUUCAUGCCAUGAACGUCUGAAGCAACCAAGCCAUGGUCAUUUCUGGAGAAUGCUCAUGAUCAAUAUGUUCAGGUCACAUUCAUUUCUAUGGUCCUUGUUCGCUUUCUUCAUGGGACAGGUUCUGGGGAGGGCAAUUUUUUUUUUCACUGAUUGUCUAGCUGCUUACGGAAGUAGAUCUCUGUGUUCAAGAACUCCAAGUGUGCUCAUGGUUCAAUUCCCUUAACAUGAGAGGACUGUGACCCCUGGGACUAGCUUUUAUCGACUGUGCUAGAAAUGUCGUUCAGAUAGAAAAUAUUUCAAAGCUCCAGUUUCACACUUUGGAAUUCACCAGUACCAUUGCAAUGUAGGAAACUGCCAUGCCAUCUUUCCGACCUAGUCAGUGGAUUAGAGGUUAAUCAUCCUUCAAUAUUUCUGUAACAUUAACAUGAGCGUCUUCCAGCGAAUUAGUAGUUGGCUACUGCCUCUGGGCUUACCCCAUACUAACUCAUUCCGUCUUCAUUUUUAAUUCAUUUAAGGAGAUGAUGACUUAGAGUAUUGUCCUAUUCAGGGCAUGAUAAGAUGAUUAGACGUUUUCAUUUUUCAGACAUGAAUUUCCGUACCCCACAAACUUCAUCAGUCAAUUUUUCUUAGAAAUUAUAUUGAAAAUAUAAAUCUUACAUAUUAAUUUAGUUUCCCUAGCCUUAAGACAGGCCAUGCUAAUAUCUGAUUGAUUUUUCUUAACUAGAAAAACAUCUAGGUUGGGUUGUAUGUAACCUAUUAGGCUUUUACUUUUCUCCUCAUGAAACAGUUUCGUUUCACACAGACUAAGAGAACAUAUGUUUGAUUCCUUGCUGCCACAAAGAUUCUAUCAUAGAAAGUAUUGAGGCCGGCAUUGAUCUGCUCUGAGUCAUUUCGAUUAAACACAGGGACAAAGAUGUUCAAUACAAAUUUUACAAUGUUUCUCUGAUGCCAUGCGCUCAAUGUUUUUGAUUUUUUCGUUCGGCAAUGAAGCUAUGGAUAUUAUGUUGUCUCAGGAUAAAAGUACUACUUUUGCUGACACCAUGUAGAUAAGAGAAGUGGAUCUAUUUGAAAUUCUUUCCCUAAAUGUAUUUAUCUGCCUACCUUUUUUGCAUCACUUAAACGUAUUGUUUCUUCGUUUUGUUGAUCAAUUGAGUUCUGGAUGCGUGGACUACACAUGAUUCAAUCAUUGGACCGUUACUUUACAAAAAGAAGCAUGCUUUGAUUCUUUGGAUUCUCCGGUUAUGUUAAAACUUUGGGGCAUUCUUUGACAGACCCUGUUGCAAUGUGGCAUGUUAGAAAUGAGAUCGCACCCGCUAUUCUCCUUGUGGUUGACUUCGGUGGCUGGUUUAAGCUUGAUGAUAAAACAUCUGACAGGGGGCCCUCUCAUAUGGUUCAGCACAACCAAGUCUCUCUUCUUAAGGAUGUAAUUGUGCCCUACACUCAUCUGCUCCCAAAGUUGAGCUUGUCAGAAGAUCAGCCUCGCAAUACUCUUCUCUAUUUCAAGGGAGCUAAACAUAGGCACAGGGUAUGCCCCCAUCGUCUCCAUCUAACAAAUUUAUUUAACAUUGCAUUGUAAACAUUUGAACUUGAUAAAAUUGAAGUGUGAAGAUCUGGAUUGAUUUCCCUCAACAAUCAUAAACCUCCCAUGGUUCCAGAUUUUUUGCCAACACUUGGAUUUGAGAAAGUAUGCAGAUUUCAGAGAUUCUGAUGGGGGUUGAGGGGAGGGGGGGCGUCUGUCUUAGUGGCAGUUCCCAUAUUUGGCCUCUAUUUCGUAUCUCUCUUUAGGGCAUUUCAUCAUACUUGUCUUUGUGUUAUCAUAGGUGAUCCCUUCGCCUUCAAUGGAUCCUUCAGGCCAAAGCUGAUUCUUCUCUUUGCAGGGUGGCCUGGUCCGCGAGAAACUGUGGGAUCUUCUGGUCGAUGAGCCAGGCGUGGUGAUAGAAGAAGGUUUCCCCAAUGCCACUGGCCGAGAGCAGUCGAUCAAGGGGAUGAGGGCAUCGGAGUUCUGCCUCCACCCGGCUGGGGAUACGCCCACCUCGUGUCGGCUCUUCGAUGCUGUCCUCAGUCUCUGCAUCCCGGUCGUCAUCAGUGACCAAAUUGAGCUCCCAUUCGAAGGAAUCCUUGACUACUCUGAGUUUGCCAUCUUUGUCUCCGUCGCUGAUGCACUGCAACAGCACUGGCUGGUCGACCACCUGAGGAACUUCACUGACAAGCAGCGGCACCAGUUCCGGCGGAACAUGGCCCAGGUCCAGUCUGUGUUUGAGUACGAUAGUGGCAGUGCCAGAGGGGUUGGGCCAGCCCCUCCAGGCAGUGCGGUGGAGCACAUCUGGAAGAAGGUCUCACAGAAGGUCCCCAUAAUCAGGGAGGCAGUGGUUAGGGGCCGACGGAAGCCCAACGGUGUGGAGAUACCACUCAGAUGUCACUGUACUUGA